AGCGAUAUCUGCAAACAGCUGCUUAGCCCGGCAUAUUUUGUGCGAAUUGUGAAAUAUUUUCAAAGCCAUGUCCGAGACUGCAGCAGAAAACACUGCCGAGGCAGAGGCAGAGACUGAAACUGAGACUGAUGCUGACAAAGAGCUGUCCCAGGAGACGGAUACAAGGAAUAUACUGGAGACAGCCGCGGCCGUGCAGGAGGAUGAGGAGUUGGCCAACGUCGUGACCGCCGAGGAGUAUUUGAUGAGCAAAGAUGUCGUCCUGCUGGAGUACGAGAAGCAAAUGUUUCUCGAUCUGGUCCAUGCGGACGGUCUGCUGGUGUGUGCCAAGGGCCUGAGCUAUGAGCGCGCCUUGGUUCACAUUUUGAAGGCGUACAGCGAUGCUGGAAACCUAAUUCUGGUUAUCAAUAGCUCCGACUGGGAAGAAACUUACUACAAAUCGAAAAUGGAAGCCAAAUACAUCCAUGAGGUGGCCAACACGGCAACAGAAAGGGAGCGUGUUUAUCUGGAGGGAGGGCUGCAGUUCAUCAGUACUCGGAUCCUGGUGGUUGAUCUGCUCAAGCAGCGCAUCCCAAUCGAGCUGAUCAGCGGAAUAGUGGUGCUGCGAGCGCACACCAUCAUCGAGAGCUGCCAGGAGGCGUUCGCCCUGCGCCUGUACCGGCAGCGCAACAAGACGGGCUUCGUGAAGGCAUUCUCCAGCAGCCCGGAGGCCUUCACCAUCGGCUACUCGCACAUCGAGCGCACCAUGCGCAAUCUGUUCGUGAAGCAGCUUUACAUUUGGCCGCGAUUCCAUGCCACAGUACGUGGCGCCCUCAAGCCGUGGCAGGCGCAGACGAUCGAGCUGCAUGUACCGCUCAGCCAGCACAUGACCUCCAUCCAGACGCACAUUUUGGACAUCAUGAACUUUCUGGUGCGCGAGAUCAAGCGCAUCAAUCGCAACGUGGACAUGGAGGCCGUCACCGUCGAGAAUUGUGUCACCAAAAAGUUCCACAAGAUUCUGCAGGCGCAGCUGGACUGCAUCUGGCAUCAGCUCAACUCCCAGACGAAGCUGAUUGUCGCCGAUCUCAAGAUCCUGCGCAGCCUGAUGAUCUCCACCAUGUAUCACGAUGCUGUGAGCGCCUAUGCCCUGAUGAAGCGCUACCGCAGCACGGAGUAUGCGCUGAGCAACUCGGGAUGGACGCUCCUCGAUGCCGCCGAGCAAAUCUUCAAGCUAUCCAAGCAGCGCGUCUACAAUGGCCAGCAGGAAUUCGAGCCUGAGCCAUGCCCCAAGUGGCAGGCACUGACCGAGCUGCUCACGCAGGACAUAUCGCAGGAGAGGCAUCGAGUGGAGCAGCCCAAGGUGCUGAUACUCUGCCAGGAUGCGCGCACCUGCUACCAGCUGAAGCAGUACCUAACCCAGGGCGGGCCACGCUUCCUGCUGCAGCAGGCCCUGCACCACGAGGUGCCCGUGGGCAAUCUAAGCGACAAGUAUGCAAGCGAGAGUCAGUCCAUUGCAGCAGGAAAACCAGCAGCAGCAGCCACCCAUAAAACAGGAGCCACUGGAGUCACAGUGGAGUCAUCCCAGCCUCCAGCUGCUGCUGCUGGAAUGGAUGAGCUGUCGCAGCUACUCAGCGAAACGGAUGCGGAGGCGCAGCAUUUUGAGGAGAGCUACAUGCUAACGAUGACCCAGACACAGCUCCAGCCACAGCCACAGUCACAGUCACAGGAGAAGCAACUAAAAUCGGAUCCCAAUGAUUCAAUUUUCGAAACGAUACCCGAACUCGAACAAUUCGAUGUGACGGCUGCCCUCGAGGCCGCAGCACACCGCAAGCAGCCCUACGUUUGCCUGCAGACCUUCAAGACGGAGCGCGAGGGCUCGAUGGCACUGGAGCAUAUGCUGGAGCAGCUCCAGCCGCACCAUGUGGUCAUGUACAACACCAAUGUGACGGCCAUACGGCAGCUGGAAGUGUUUGAAGCGCGUCGCCGCCUGCCGCCCGCCGAACGUAUGAAGGUUUACUUUUUGAUCCACGCACGGACCGUCGAGGAGCAGUCCUACCUGACGAGCCUCAGGCGCGAGAAGGCCGCCUUUGAGCUGAUCAUCGAUACCAAGAGCAAAAUGGUUGUGCCCGAGUACCAGGAUGGCAAAACGGAUGAGGCCUUUGUACUCUACAAGAGCUACGAUGACGAGCCGGCGGGGGACAAUGCCCAGAGUCGACUAGCGGGCGGACAGCCGCAGGGUCAGCGGGAGACGCCAAAGGUGAUUGUGGACAUGCGAGAGUUCCGCUCGGAUCUGCCCUGUCUCAUACACAAGCGCGGGCUGGAGGUGCUGCCGCUGACCAUAUCCAUCGGGGACUAUAUACUGACGCCGGAGGUGUGCGUGGAGCGCAAGUCAAUCUCGGAUCUGAUUGGAUCCCUCAACUCGGGAAGGCUGUACAAUCAGUGCGUCCAGAUGCAGCGCCACUAUGCCAAGCCCAUACUGCUGAUCGAGUUUGACCAGAACAAGCCGUUCCAUUUGCAGGGAAAGUUCAUGUUGUCGCAGCAGACGACGGCCACCAAUGCGGAUAUUGUGCAGAAGCUGCAGCUGCUCACGCUGCACUUCCGGCUGCGGCUCAUCUGGUCACCCAGUCCGUACGCGACGGCCCAGCUUUUUGAGGAACUGAAGCUGGGCAAGCCGGAGCCGGAUCCCCGCCAGGCCGUGGCCCUCGGCAGCGAGGAGCCCGUGGCCGGCGAGCAGCUGCAGUAUAACAGCGGCAUACACGACUUCCUGCUCCGUUUGCCCGGCGUUCAUACGCGCAAUGUGUACGGCCUGCUGCGGAAGGGGGGCAGCCUGCACCAGCUGCUGCUGCGCACCCAGGCGGAGCUGUCCGAGAUGCUUCAGUCGCAGGAAUGCGGCAAGCUGCUCUACGACAUUCUGCAUGUGGCCCAUCUGCCCGAGAAGGACGAGGUGGCCGGCUCCACAGCCCUGCUGGCUGCUGGCAAACAGUUUGGCGCCGGCUCGCACAAUCGUUUCAGGAAGGCCGCCGUCGAGUCGCGUCGGGGCCGGCGUUGAACAGCGGAAACAGCAGGAGGAGUAGGAGGAGCUGGAGUGCAGCCAGGCGUGCAGUGCAGAGCAAACAGAGAGCGCAAAAUUAUGGAAAUUUUUAAACGUUGCAAUUAAAUUGGAUAAAACAGCAGCCGCAGUGGGAGAGGCAGCAGCAGGAGCAGGUAGAUGUCUGGCCAACGCAGACAACGUUGACAAUCGGGGACAGUGAUGACCACUGGGGAUGCCCACGGCCAAUGGCCAACUGCCACCGACUACUGCAGCUGGUUGCUGCAGAUGCCCAUCAGGGAAGGGACCGGCGCAUAUAAAAUCCAUUUUCAAUACAUUUUUAAUUGCCGUCGCCUGACGAGAGAGAGAGCAACUCCCGCCGGUGCCCAACAACUCCUCUGAAAGGGGAUGCAGUGGAAUGAGGAGCAGCAGCAGCAGCCGCCGGACGGACAGACCCUGUGAUAUAUAUGUACAUAUAGUAGUCAGCUAUGUGCCUCUGUUGCCAGUCAGCCUACAGUAUAAAAUAGCGAAAAACUGUUGGAUAUAAGAAAUAAAUGUAUGAAUAAGGCUAUAAAAAGAGAUUGAGGGUAUGUUAUAUCUGCAUGUAUUAUACAGCAUAUAUACAUACAUACAUAAAAGAGGCAGUAUUUGUGCUCUUUCUAUCAAGAGAAUUCAGUAAAAAGCAGCAAGCAAAUUGGUCAGUGAUUAAGGAUUCAUGAUACUUCCUGCAAUUUAUUUUGCACAUAUUUAAAACUACUUUCGGGGCUUUACUUUUAAGAAGAUAUUUCUGCAUAAGCUGCAAGCAUUUUGGUAGUCGCAUUUACAUCUCUGAAGAAUCUUGUAUUUGUCAAUUAGUUUAAAUUUGAAAACGAAUUGAUUUGUGCUUGGGCGAAAAGGAAAAUAGUCCUCCCCGGGGAUUAAUGGUUUUUAAAAUAAUUAAAUUCUACCCAACGUUGAUUGGAAACAUUUUUCUAAAUGUAACUACAAGCAGCCAAUCCAAGUAGUCCUUCGAAUCAGUAACAAACCAAAACCCAAUUGUACCCCAAUCCCACACGAAAAAAUUCCAAAUUCUUUUCAUUUUCGUUUCGACAGCAGGAAGGACAAUGGCCGCACACGGACAGCAGGAUGAUGAGCCGAGGCCCAGCACUAGUCGGGGAGCGGGCACUCACCCGAGUGUCUCGGACAAGGACGUUUCGAUGCUGAUGCUUCUUGAUGUGUUGAUGGAGCUGCGGCGCGGCUACGUGUCCCUGGCACGCCUCAUGCGAUCCGAGCAGGAGCGCGAACUGGCUCAAAGCGCGCUGCUGGCCAUCAACGAGGACAUCGAGCGGGUCCGCGAGAACCGCUUCAGUAGCCCAGAGAACCGUAAAACCAGUUGGAGGUCUUCAGCGAGGGUGUGCGCCGCUCCCGGGACCAUGCGCGGCUCAUCCGGAACAUGGUGCACCAGACGCGCCUGCGCCAUGCGGCGACCAUGUUCGAGAGCCAGGUCUGUGGGCUGCCCGAUGCCGGCGGUGAUGAUGGUGGCCUGGCCCGUCGCAUGUCCGCCAAUGUGCCCCCGCACUUGGGGCCACAUGAAAAGCUGGAGCCCCCAGAGGAGGUUCAUGGUGAAGAGCAUCUGGCGCGACUCGAGGAGGAGCUGCAAUGGCUGCGACGACUUUCCAUUCUCUUCCUGCGAGAACUCAAUCUGGAUGUGGCCGAGGGCUGGCUUCCUGCUCGACAGGCGGAGGGGGCCCGUGAAAUGCAGCUGAAGCAGCGGCAGAAAAAUCAUUAGCUGCCGCGGCAACGGAGUCCUCCCUCUUGCUGUAGAAACGUGGAACACAAAGCAUACCGAAUAAUCUGAAUAAAAUCACUAGACACAGUGCACAACCAUA